GAUAACGGCAGAGCAUUUUAAAAAGUUCGACCUGUUACCAAGGCCACACAGAUUGUAGUUAAAUUAAUAUAUUUUAUGCAAUUGGAUCAAUUGAGGUCCAAAAUCGUUAUUAUAAUUACCCGAGGAAUUAAAACCUAGCCAGAGUUGCGGAUGCCGGUGAAUGAACCUGGAGAAAACAUCGAAACUGGUAGCGAUACGAAGGACGAAUAAGGGACGUUGCCUAACAGGAAGUGUAUGUGAACAUUCAAGGUUAGUUUAAGAAAGUAGUUAAGUUGUUUUAUUCCCAACUUUGGGACAUGUGUAUUCCAAUUUAUGUUAAAGUUAAAUAUAAAUGUUCAUCAAAUUGAUUUCUCUCUGGGACCCGUUAAUUCAUUAUCAUUCAAGAUAAAAACAAACAAUUACAUUUGGCGCUUAACUAGAGGGGCUGGAAAAACAUUGAGUUUCAGUCCAUGGCCAGGGAGAAGUCAAAAUGGUGAAAAAUAAGAAUAGUAAAAAUCAAUCUGUUAGUGAAAAUCAAACAACAGAGAUGGAAGAAAACAAUGAAACGAACCAACAAAUGGUUACUGAACUAAUUCAAUCUUUAAAUAGUACAUUAGGUAAUUUGUUUACAAAUUUAAAUGCUAGCCUUACAAAUAACUUGUCAAUAAUUAAUAAGAAUCUUGAACAACUAACAGAAACGGUAGAAAAAAAUGAAUCUCAGAAACAAGUACAUGUAAACCAAAUCCAACAGGGAAUAUCUGGGGUUAUACCUCAAGUCUCGAAUAUUGAUAAUAUAGAAAAUGCAUGCAGUAGCCCCAACAGAGCUUAUAUUGCCGCGUUUAAAGAUUUGGGGGGUACGUUACUAUAUUUUGCACCUGGGGGGUCAAUGCACCCAGUGACGUUUAUUAAAAAGCUAUCAAAAUUAUUUAAUGAGGCGGGAGUGCCUGACGAAAAAAAAGUGUUUUUUGCAAUGCAAUGCUUACGGGGUUCGGCACAAGAUUGGAGCUCCCUGAAAGAGGAAUCUUUCACGGACUACGAGCAGUUUAAACAAUUAUUUUUUGAGAGAUAUUGGAGCUCGGAUGAUGAGAGAGAAGUUUUUAAUCGAAUCAAAUUCGGGACAUAUAAAAACGGGCCAAAGGCUGAUUAUUUUUUGAAAAUGUUAGGAGAAAGUAAAUUGUUAUCAAACUCCUUAACGGAAGGAGAACAAAUUGAAUUGAUUAUCAACCAUUUCUCACCUGAAGUAAGAAAAGCGAUUUUAAAUUGGGGGGUACGCGAUGCUGAUAGUAUUGAAAAGUUUUUACGGAAACUAGACGUUACGGAGAACGGAGAAGGAAGAAACGAGAGCACCGCAGAAAGAUCUAACUGGCGCGAAAAUAACCGACAACGAGGUCAACCUUCAAAUCGUCAACAAUACUCGAAUAAUCGUUCCUCGAAUGCGGGGAAUGGUGCGGCGGAACGAGGGAUUGUUGGUCACGCGGGAGAGAAUACCACUGGGAGCGAAGGUCGAACGCGACACGUCGAUGAACGACAAGUGAAUACCGUUUUUAAUGAGCCGUUCGAAAACAUUCUAGAAGAUGACCCGAUGGAAGAAAGUGAGGGAACUGAGUCUCUUACGGUGUUGCCGACAAUCGAAAUAGAAAUCGAGGGUACUAAGCAAUGGGUUUUGGUAGAUACGGGAAGCCAGGUGACGUGCAUAUCCCAAACUUUUGCUAAUCAAUUAUUAGAAUUGAAUCCGGAGUUACCAAAGUUGCCUACAAAUGUUUUAACGGUCUCGGGGGCGUUAGGAAAACAAAAAGAUCAUGUUAGGGAACAAUUAUAUGUGUCAUUUGCUGUAGGAAACAGAAUAAAAUUUGACUAUCCGUGUUUAGUAAUUCCGAGUUUGUCGCGCAAAAUUAUUUUUGGUUGUGACUGGUUGAACAAAUUCAAUGCGAAUUUAGAUAUUAGAAAUCAAUGGUUAAAAUUAUGGAUUAAUAACGAGGAAAUUCAGUUAAAAUUUGUAGGUGAACCAAUGCCGAGUGUUCAUUUGAAUAUUAAGGAAAUAUAUAUCGAUGAAGAACCUCAAGCAGUGAUAUCAACUGCCUAUAAAGGACCGAACUUGGGGUUUUCGAAAAAUGAAAUGUGGGAGGUGGUUGCUAAGGCAGAAUUAAAGGAAGAUGAGGAGAAGAAAAAACUUUUCCAAUUAAUUUCUGAGUACGAAACC